GGUAAAGAAAUAGUGAAAACUACGGAGCAUGUUCGGGAGGUAAUUAUAUGCGAGAUAGGUUCGUUUGAUAUAUGUAUGAUGAAGUGGUGUUCAGUCACUUCUGCGGAGUACUCCGUGGGGGCAUACGGCCACAUAUCCUUUAGCUGAGCCAACCACUUCAUGUAUACCCACCAAUAUGUAGCAGCAUCUCGGGUGCUAUUCUUGCUCGUUAAGCGCCAGCCAAACCCACAGACUCCAAAUUAGAGACCACCGGGAUGAGGCUAAAGCUUACUGAAAUAAAGACCAGUCUCAUGAUGAUUCUGAGCCAUUAUCAUACCUCGACACCAACAGCACCAUCGACAAGCGAUCAUGGCAUGGUUCCCAUCAGACCGUAGCAAAGGCGAUGGUUGGAAAUUCGAUAUCGUCAGUUUGGUCGCUGUCAUCGGUGAAUCGACCAUCGAGCGACACACUCAGCUCAUUACGGCCUCGUUGUUCGGUUGGAUCCCACGCUUGAUACCCGCGCCCCAAGUCUUGCUGAAAACCAAGCGACCCGACAGACUACCUCCAGUCAAAGAUAUCGAGAUCCACGGUGUAUAUUCCGGAACGAAGGUAACAGAGUUGAAUUUUUUUGCGGAUGUCAUCCAUCGAAUUCGAGAGUUGAGGCCGUAUGAGUUUCGGCGGUAUACCAUCGAAAAGGUCCCAGGAAAGGGCGUUACGGCCGGCAAACUGAGAGCUAUGGUUGAUGGUAAAACAGGCGGAGGACAGCAAGAUGCGAACCAGGUAGAACAGGGACAAGUGAGCAACAAAUAUCGCAGACCACGCCCUCUACCAUGCCAUGUACCACGCUAUAUUGAAGAUAACGAUAUAGUCAUCGACACCCCUUUCCAGCUAUGGAACAAGUUGACACUAGUUACCAUCACGUCAAUGCUGAUGACAAUCGGGCUGUUCAUCUGGGCAGCGCUCAUCCACGACGGUGUAGCAAUGACCGCAAUAGGCACCAUAUCGACGUCGACCAGCAUCGCAUGUUUGGCUAAUAAAUGGUGCCCAACUCUGUCAUCACGGGAAAUGGAAAAUUCUGUUCCCGAAGGUGACAUCGUCAUCAAGACCCGAUCAGGCGCUUUUGUUGUGGUCCAUUGCAAUGAGGAUGUCACCCGGGAAUUGUACACCUGCACUGAUGCCUGCCGGUACAAGUUUGGAGAUAGUAAACUUCAGUGGAUGCUGGGGCUUAGUACUGUCCUGCUCAUUGCAUCAAUCAUCUUCUUCACCAACUGUGGAUGGAUCAUGCAGACGGCUAUUGGUAUGGCGUACAUCAUCCUCAACAUGAUGUACUGGUUUAUUCCCUUUGUCAUAGAAGAUGGCAAGACAUGGGACCUGAGUCUUUACCAGACAAUACAUAAUGAAAUUGAUGAUCGCGAAAGGUGUGAAAUCUACACCCAAGCUCUCUGGUUUGCAAUCCGGGAAACAAAAAGUGUGGACUGGGUCAAGCGCAGUCGUGCAGCCCCAGACACUGAAGCUUGGAGGGAAUGGCUGAGGCUUGCCCAGAAGAACGUGAAUGAUCAAAACUAUUGCUGGAACGCGGUGGGAAAAAAAGACCAACUAAUGGCAGAGGCAAGUCAGCUGCCAACGACUGCUCGCAGUCCCAGUUGUUUGUCUGUCUAGGCACUUGUUCAUGCAUUAAUUAAAUGGCUGACGCGGAGAGUUUUCUUGUAUUGCAACAAAGAGAAUGCUAUCAUCAUCCCAUAACCAUCAAAUAUUCAUAGAUUCCAUCAAUCAUAAUUACUAACUCCACGGGAUCUGGACCCCGUCGAGGACAUAUGGGUCAUUUUUG